AUGGCUGCUGUCGAGCCCAUCGCCCCUGGCCCUGAAGAUCAGGAGGAGAAAAUGUCCCAGUCAGAAGAUUGUGUAUUAAAUGAAACCUCAGUAUACCUUAAUUUUUCUGAGCUCACCCCAAGUCAGUUUGGCAUCUCCAUCAAAAGUUUUACCCCAUCAUCAACAUGUAAAGAUAAGACCCAUGCUGCACAAAUAAAGGCAAGGCGAAGAUCCAGCGUUGGUGCCCGGGGCUCCCCAGAGACAAAUUCCCUCAUUCGCUUCAUAGCACACCAGAGGAUGAAGACCCCACCAGCCUCUCAAACUGCAGAGCCUGUCAGAAGUAGCCCCUUCUUUCCCCCCGUCGCCUCCACGCUAAGGCAGAAGAUGGCCAACUUCCAGAGCCUGAUGGAUCACGCCUGUGAUCCAGUGCCAGUGCAGGACGGCGACACUGGAGGAUGCAUCAUGACAAGAGAUUAUCUGUCUGAUGGGAUCAGCUGUAGUGAAGGAAAGGAAAACACCCCUCCAACAAGGCCCACACCCAGCAAGAAGAGGCGCCUGGGCCCCCUCGAAGGCUGCAGUGUUGAGAUUAGAGAGGAGGCGAUCGGUCAGCACCAAAGGCCCAGCCGACCAGCCUCUGAUCCUGCAGCUGUUUUGCCACCGCAUCAAUCCAGUCCCCCUCACAUCUCCCCCGUCUCCCCUCACCUGGAGAUUAAACCUUCAGAUGUUAACUCUACCGAGACACCUGUGGUGAAGAAAAAGAAGCAGGUUCACUUUGGAGAUCCUUUAUCUCCGGAGUUUUUUGAUAAGAACUUGCCCCCCAGCACUCCAUUACAGAAGGGGGGCACCCCAGCACGAGCACCCACUCCCGGUGGGAGCUUACAGCUGCGCUCCGUGCUGAAGACACCACAGACUAGUGAAUCCAACACACCACAUCAUCAACUGGAACUUUACAGCCCCACUGAGUUUGGCGACUCUCCUACUUUAGCGAUUCCCCACAAACGCAGAAGGCUGUCUGAAGAAGCAGACGGUGAGGAUGGAAAGAUUGCUUUUCCUGCAAUGGAGGAGUUUGACUCUGCAAUGACAAGCGAUUCAGAGUGUGCACUGGGUGCCCAGCUGUUGAACGUAAACAUGGCUUCUCUGUGGGAGCCUGUUCCUCACGUCCUGACAGUCAACUUUGUGUUCUUCCAGCAGCCGGAGGAGAGCACACCUGUGAAGAGGUCAACACGCUCUGCAGCCAAGUUGGCCUGCGGGAAGAUGAAGAAGGCCUCAGCAGCCCGUCGCUGGGACAAAGAUGUGGACCGUUCUCUGUACGGCUCCCGGGAGUACGCCUCCAAGAACCCCAGUCUGAGCCCCAUCAGAGAGAGGCAGUCCCUCAGCAGCCUGACCCCUGCAGCACAGCCCACUCCUCAGCGCUGCACAACUCCAAGUCAAGAGCCCCUCACGGUCUCUGAUGUGGUGAGUAACACUGAAGCAGACGAUGGUUUUGUUGUGAGGAGAGCCACAGACAAUGCUCCACAAGAUUCCUUGACCUCUCCCUACUCUGGACAAGAGGACAGCAGGCUGCUGAGGUCAACAGUCAGAAGAAGACGGAGGAAGGUGAGUGUUCCUGACAGCCAGGAGGCUCAGGACCAGGCAGGACAGAUGGAGCAGCUUUUUGAAGAUCAGACUUCUUCUAGCUCUGAGUUUUCAGCAGGAACCACGUCAGAGUCCAGUGAAGCUCCACAGGCUGGCACUGAGGAACUUGAUGCUCAGACUCCUGCAGCUACUUCCUGUACUGAUGCAGGAACAGAAGAUCGUACAUGUCUGCAUGCAUCCACCUCUUACUGCCCACCCUCAGCUGAAGAGCCCAGCACCACAGAGCUAAAGCAGAAAAGAGCCAAACGAGGCCGAAGGAGCUCAGCCCUACAUGAGCCUCAGAAGUGUCCAGAGGAGCACCAGAGCAGCUGUGAUGUGGAGGAAAAUGGACUGAGAGCGCGAGCAGAGGGUCAGCCCGAGAACAAGUGGAGCUCUGACAGCCAGGAGGAGGUGGGCGGAGCCUUUACCUUUGUACACCUGGCCCCGUGGCAGUCUGACUUUAACGUUGAAGAUGUUUUCAAACCUGCUGCCAGAAGAGGGCAGCGCUCGGUCCGACGCAGCCUGAGGAACCAGCACAGCUCGGAGCAGAGCGGCAGCAUGGCAGGACUGGCCUGGCUGCCCCACGUCUCCCCAGACUCCGUUAAAGAGGCUCGCAGGAAGACCCGCCACCGGCGGCUCAGUGCCGCUCUGCCUGUCCAGCCUCCUCUUCAUGAGGAAACACAAGACGCCUCGCUGGAUGGACUGAGAGCAGCGGGAGAGAACUAA